CACCAUGGCGGCGCCCGUGCAGCCCGCCGCGUCCUGGGCGCCCGCCGGGGUCCCCUCGGCUGUCCCCGCUAUCCGGGCUGCAGCCACCUCCCCGCUCCGCGUGCGCCCCGGCGCCGCCCGAUCCCGGCCUCCCACUCCGCUGCGGUAAGGCCUGCCCCGCGCCCCGACGCAGUUCUCUGCCGCCGCGCCCCUCCCCCGGUCAGGCCAGCCCGAACCGCGCUGGGGACCGAAGCCCGGGCCCGGGUGGGGGCCAGGCCUGAGGAGGGCCGUGCAAGCCGGGCCGAGCGCGCAGAGGUCACCUGCGUGCAGCGCCCCGGAGCGCGCGAAUCUGGGCGCAGAGGAGGGACGCGGUCAUCCAGGAUCCGCUGUGGGACGAGCGUAGGAAAGUCCCGGGAAAGCCUAGCGGGAGUCAGCAAGAGUAGCGGUUGUCAUCCCUGCCUUCCCCGGGCCAGAUCCUCGGAGUGACCGGGUCAGUUUGUCAAAGUCAUGUAGGACAUUGUAAACCAUGUGAAGAUGGGACUCUUGGUAUUUGUGCGCAAUCUGCUGCUAGCCCUCUGCCUCUUCCUGGUCCUGGGAUUUUUGUAUUAUUCUGCUUGGAAGCUGCACUUGCUCCAGUGGGAAGACUCCAAUUCAUUGCUUCUUUCCCUUGACUCCGCUGGACAAACACUAGGCACAGAGUAUGAUCGGCUGGGUUUUCUCCUGAAGCUGGACUCUAAACUGCCUGCCGAGCUAGCCACCAAGUACGCAAACUUUUCAGAAGGAGCUUGCAAACCUGGCUACGCUUCAGCCCUGAUGACCGCCAUCUUCCCCAGGUUUUCCAAACCAGCACCCAUGUUCCUGGAUGACUCCUUUCGAAAGUGGGCUAGGAUCCGAGAGUUCGUGCCACCUUUUGGAAUCAAAGGCCAAGACAAUCUGAUCAAAGCCAUCUUGUCAGUCACCAAAGAGUACCGCCUGACCCCUGCUUUGGACAGCCUCCACUGCCGCCGCUGCAUCAUUGUAGGCAAUGGAGGGGUCCUUGCCAACAAGUCUCUGGGGUCACGAAUUGACGACUAUGACAUUGUGGUCAGACUGAAUUCGGCACCUGUGAAGGGCUUUGAGAGGGAUGUGGGCAGCAAGACCACCCUGCGCAUCACCUACCCUGAGGGCGCCAUGCAGCGGCCCGAGCAGUACGAACGAGACUCUCUCUUUGUCCUUGCUGGCUUCAAAUGGCAGGACUUCAAGUGGCUGAAGUACAUCGUCUACAAGGAAAGAGUGAGUGCAUCCGACGGCUUCUGGAAGUCUGUGGCCACUCGAGUGCCCAAGGAGCCCCCCGAGAUUCGCAUCCUCAACCCAUACUUCAUCCAGGAGGCUGCCUUCACUCUCAUUGGACUGCCCUUCAACAACGGCCUCAUGGGCAGGGGGAACAUCCCAACCCUUGGCAGUGUGGCAGUGACCAUGGCACUACAUGGCUGUGAUGAAGUGGCAGUCGCAGGCUUUGGCUACGACAUGAACACACCCAAUGCACCCCUACAUUACUAUGAAACUGUCCGCAUGGCAGCCAUCAAAGAGUCCUGGACACACAACAUCCAGCGGGAAAAAGAGUUUCUACGGAAGCUGGUGAAAGCACGCGUCAUCACUGACUUAAGCAGUGGCAUCUGAAUGGCCAGCACUCUAGAGGCUCACACCAGGAACGAGCAGCUGCCACCUGCACAGGAGUCUUCCGACCCAGAGAAGGACAGUGCCAAGGGGCCCGAGGGCCAGUGAGGCCUUGGCAAGGCAACCAGAGUUGUGCCUGUUCCAGGCCAGCAACAGAGACCAGCACUCUGCCUCGCAGCCUGGGUCCGUGAAGCCAGAGGGCCAGGAGGCCAGUGGCUGUGACCAGCAGGCCCAGCAUGCAGGAGGUGGGACAUUUGGGAGCAAGAGUGCUGCCAGAAUCAUUUCUCCAAUCAGUGUUUGGUGUAUUAUCAUUUCGUGAAUUUGGGUGCAGGGAGGGGAGGGAUAAUUUAUUUUUAAAUAAGAUGUCACAUUUGGUCCACUUGCUGUGCAGAAAGAGGUCCACUAGAGGGCCCACCAGGCAGUGGUACCAGUGAGCUCCCUGAAGGAUGGAAGUGUCAGACCAUGCUUCAGGGCCACAGGGGGUUGGGUAGCAUCUCAUGUCCACCAUCUCCAGCUCAUGAUACACUUUGGCCUUCCUUGGGGGGAGAUGGAGUACUCCCUCUCACCAGCCCCCAGUGUCCCACAGGGGAACCCCAGAGCCAUCCCUUUAAAGCCUACAGGACAGCUCUUGGACAAGAGCAGAGAGAAUUCAGAAGGCCGGGCCCAGCUUCAGGGGAAUGGCUCCUCUCCAUAGCUGUCCCUGAUCCGUGGGAGCGGUGCUCCUUCCUGGACUGACCAACUGUCAGAUGGUCUGGGUUUCUUGAUGAGACUGCCAGCUCCCUGGGUCCUACCCAGGACCAGAGGGAAGUGAGGAUCAAGGACCUUGCCCAGGCUGCAGCAGCUGUCCCAGGCAGCCCUCCUGGAAGCAAUAAAGCUCUCCCUGAAUCUGGC